AUGCCUGUCCACCUGGCAUGGCUGGGUAGUGCCUGCUUCCCCCACGCCAGCCACGGGCCGGCUCCCCAGUCCUCUGUGGCAGGGUUGCUGGUCUCUGUUAAGCCCCCCGGUGACUUGCAUGCCACCAGGGCCUGUGCCCCCGGGAGACACUCUGGGGAGGGGCCACCACAAGGAAACCUCAGUCCAAGCUGCCCAGCGGAGGCUGGGAAUGGCUGUGCCAGCACAGGAAGGCAGGUAGGCAUCUCCAGGGCAGGCAGCUCUCCCCCCGGCCCAGCCCCCUGCGUGAAGUGCUCAGCCUGGGUAGGAGGUAGAAUGUGCUUCCCUCUCAGCCUCCUCCAAGCCGCUGGAGGUCCCGCUGGUUCCCCAAGUGGCUUCUGUCCUGAGCCGUGGGCUCCUGACCACGCACCUAUUCACGGUCUGAACAAGAGUCUGAGCCAGGGACCCCGCUUGAGACGAGUACAGAGGAAGCCAAGGGCCCACACAGGUGAGGGGGUCUCGGGUCAGCUCACCCAGCGCAGGCUCAGCAGCAGCCUCAGAAUUUCCUGGCAUCUGCUUGCCUGUGUUGCAACCCAAGUGGGGUGUGCGCGCCGCCUGAGAGAGAAAACACUCGGGGAUUAUGUAAGCGCUUUCUUCCCCGGCACAGGGCAGUCUUGGGCACGAUGAGACCAGACCAUGUGCAAAAGCGCUUCAGGAGAGUGGCAGGAGCUGAGCCGCCAGAGAAGGAUGAACCCCUUCCGGGAUGCUGCUGAUUUUAACAGCACCUGUUUCAUGAGGCCACAGCCAGGAUUCUGGGAGGCAAAGCACAGAAAGCCCUCAGUGCGGUUUGAGGCUCCAGGCAAGGCUCAGCUGACAGUAGCUGAAAACAGCAAUUUCAGCCGCAGAGUCGCCCACCCUGCGCACUACAGAACGAACAAGGGUUUCCAGCUUUGCUCGGAUUUGUGGGGACCACUGGGUUUGGACUUUAGGAAAAGCUCAUUUGCCUUUGGGCAGAAGUGA